CCACGCCACAGAGCCACUCACUUUUGAUUUUGCAGUUCGCAACACACCUGGAAUAUCCUUACCUCAAGAGCAAGAAUCCAAGAACAUCUUUCACCAUGAACAUCAAGGGACUUUUCACGCUCGCAGUUGUCGCGCUUGUCGGUAUGACGAACGCCGAGGCCGAGGACAAUGUUGUCCGUGAGCUCCAGGUCGCUGACUUCAGCACCAAACUCCUGAACGCUGUGAACGCCAAGCGUGCGGAGAAGGGCCUUGCCGCCGUGUGCAUUAACACCAAGCUGGCGAAGGCUGCGCAAGCUCUCGCGGAUGACAACGCCAAGAACAACAAGGUCAGCACCAAGGGCUCGGACGGCUCCACUCCGACGUCGCGUUACGACGUCCAGGGUAUUGAGACCGCCCAGUCGGCUGAGCUUGUCGCUGCCGGUCAGUCCAGUGCCGACGCUGUUGUCGCCACCUGGACCAAGUCUUCAAGCGCGUACCUCUUCAGCGACUUCAAGUUCAUCGGCCCUGGAUACGCUUACGACAAGACUAAGACGUACAAGCACUACUGGGUGCUCGACUUCGCCAACGCUGAUGGAGAGUCUUGCCAGUAAAUCGGUGCUUGAGAGAGCUGCCUACCGCACUUAUCCACCUGUAGAAAAACUAUUCAACACAUAAUAACGGAGGCAGUAGCUGAUUCUCAAUAAUAAAAAACAAAAUUUGCAAAUG